CUGGCGGAUCUGCAUCUUCCUCCUCCUCUUCCCUAUUCUGAUUCGAGUCACAGGGAUCUGGUGCUUAUGCUUCCAAAUUGAAGCUGGCCUCAAGCCAGGUGACCUUUUCUUUUGAUCCUUUCAAGCAGGCAUCUCCUUCUGUGUGAUCUGCCAGCAAGACCAGCACCAUGUGGGUGACCCAACUUCUGCCAAUACUGGUGCUACAUCAGGUCCUUCAACAUCUCCUUCUUCUUCCCAUCACCAUUUCCUUUGCAGAGGGCCAGAGGAAAAGAAACACCCUACAUGAAUUCAAAAAGUCUGCAAAGACUACCCUAAUCAGACUAGACUCAUCACUGAAUAUUAAAACCAAAAGGCUGAACACAACGGACAAAUGCGCCAAGAGAUGUAUUAGGAAUAAAGGUCUUCCAUUCACUUGCAAGGCCUUUGCUUUUGACAAAGCAAAAAAACGAUGUCAUUGGUUCCCUUUCAAUAGCAUGUCAAAUGGAGUGAGAAAGAAGCAUGACCAUGAAUUUGAUCUCUAUGAAAACAAAGACUACAUUAGGAACUGUAUCAUUGGUAAAGGGGGAAGCUACAAGGGAACCAUAUCUGUAACUAAAAGUGGUAUCAAAUGUCAGCCAUGGAAUUCAAUGAUACCACAUGAACACGGCUUUUUGCCUUCGAGCUAUCGGGGGAAAGACCUACAGGAAAAUUACUGUCGAAAUCCUCGAGGGGAAGAAGGGGGACCUUGGUGUUUCACAAGCAAUCCAGAGGUACGCCAUGAAGUCUGUGACAUUCCUCAGUGUUCAGAAGUUGAAUGUAUGACUUGCAAUGGGGAAAGUUACCGAGGUCCCAUGGAUCAUACUGAAUCAGGCAAGAUAUGUCAGCGCUAUCAUCAGACACCACACCGACACAAAUUCUUGCCAGAGAGAUAUCCUGACAAGGGCUUUGAUGAUAAUUAUUGCCGCAAUCCUGAUGGCAAGCCGAGGCCAUGGUGCUAUACUCUUGACCCUGACACCCCUUGGGAGUACUGUGCAAUUAAAACAUGUGCUCAUAGUACUAUGAAUAACAGUGAUAUUCCUAUGGAAACAACCCACUGUGUCAGAGGUCAAGGAGAAGGUUAUCGAGGUACUGUGAACACAAUAUGGAAUGGAAUUCCAUGCCAGCACUGGGACUCCCAAUAUCCUCAUCAGCAUGAUAUAACUCCUGAGAACUUCAAGUGCAAAGACCUUCGAGAAAAUUAUUGUCGAAAUCCAGACGGGGCUGAAUCACCCUGGUGUUUUACAACAGACCCAAACAUUCGGAUUGGUUAUUGUUCCCAGAUUCCAAAGUGUGAUGUUUCAAGUCAACAAGACUGUUAUCGUGGAAAUGGAAAGAAUUACAUGGGAAAUUUAUCCAAAACAAGAUCUGGGAUGACUUGUUCCAUGUGGGACAAGAAUAUGGAAGACUUACACAGGCAUACUUUCUGGGAACCAGAUGCUAGUAAACUAAAUAAGAAUUACUGCCGUAAUCCUGAUGAUGAUGCCCAUGGGCCCUGGUGUUACACAGGCAAUCCACUAGUUCCUUGGGAUUACUGCCCAAUCUCUCGCUGUGAAGGUGAUACUACACCUACGAUAGUCAAUUUAGACCAUCCUGUCAUUUCCUGUGCAAAAACAAAACAGUUACGAGUAGUAAAUGGAAUUCCAACACAAACAAAUGUGGGCUGGAUGGUUAGUUUGAAAUACAGAAACAGGCAUAUCUGUGGAGGUUCAUUAAUAAAAGAAAGUUGGAUUUUAACUGCAAGACAAUGUUUCCCUUCUCGAACUAAGGAUUUGAAAGACUAUGAAGCUUGGCUUGGAAUUCAUGAUGUCCAUGGAAGAGGAGAAGAAAAACACAGACAAGUUCUAAAUAUCUCUCAAUUAGUAUAUGGACCUGAAGGAUCAGACCUAGUUUUACUAAAGCUUGCAAGGCCUGCAGUACUGGAUGACUUUGUUAGUACAAUUGAUUUACCUAAUUAUGGCUGCACAAUUCCUGAAAAGACUACUUGUAGUGUAUAUGGAUGGGGAUACACUGGAUUAAUCAACUUUGAUGGUCUCCUUCGUGUAGCACACUUGUUUAUCAUGGGAAAUGAGAAAUGUAGUCAUUAUCACCAAGGAAAGAUUACUCUGAAUGAGUCUGAAAUCUGUGCUGGGACUGAAAAAAUAGGAACAGGACCAUGUGAGGGAGAUUACGGUGGCCCACUGGUUUGUGAACAACAUAAAAUGAGAAUGGUCAUUGGUGUUAUUGUGCCUGGUCGUGGAUGUGCCAUUCCAAACCGCCCUGGAAUUUUUGUUCGAGUAGCUUAUUAUGCAAAGUGGAUUCACAAAAUUAUAUUGACAUACAAAGUACCUCAGUCAUAGCUGAAAGAAGUAUGGCUGAAGUCCCCACCACUAUAGCUCCUCUUACAGAGCGCAUGAAACUAAAAUAUCACAUAUAAAAAUCUUAAACAAAACAAAACAAAAUACCACCUACUUGAUUGUCAAGUUUAUUAAGAUACUCAUUGAUAUUUAUGAGUGUUUUUUAUCAUUCUGUCUGUCAGUGUUACUUUGUAAAUGUUGAAGUGAAUUAAGGUAUAUGCAAGUAUAGUAACAUAUCUCCUGAAGAUACUUGAAUGGGUUAAAAAAAAAUUUAAGUUACUAUUGGUAGAUGAUAAAAGGUUUUUUUAAGGAUCAGCUAAAUUUAAUAUGCCACCUUCCAAGCUUAGUACCUUAAUAAUAAACCAUAAUUUAAAAAUAUUAUCUCAAACUCAUCACCAUUAUAUAUUAUCCUCUGUCUUUAAUCAGUUCCUUUAAAUUAAAUUACAUUCCAUUGUGUCAUUUAAGAUAACCAUUCUCAUUUAUUUUUUUCAUUCCAUACCCUCUAACACCCUUAUGUGUGCAUGUGCAUAUACAUGCUCACACACCCCCACACCCACACCCACACACAGAGUCAUGGCAUGUGCUUUAUGAUAGCCAUCAUUUUGGAACCAUGUAAUUCUGGUCUCUUGUCAGGCAGUAUAGCAGGAUCUGAAGGCUAGAGAAGGAAUACAGAAAAGUUCCAGAAAUAAAAGAAAUUAACUUAGCUUUUGUUCAAAUAAUGCAGUGUGAUGCCGCUACCAAAAGUUGAUUGGUAUCCUUGCAACCAUAACCUACUGAAGAUUAAGAAGCCCUAUUCUAGGCAUUUGCAAACUCCUAGUAUGUUAGGUGCUUUGUUAGUGCUUUUUGUUUCUUUUCACAAAGGGAGGGUAGAAGGGACAUCCAUAUAAUCUUUCCCUACUAAAUUUAUGCCCAUUUAUUUAUGCAAAUUAUUCAUAUCUCUUUACCUAAAGAAUCUUUCAGAUUCUACGUAGGUAUAUAAGAGGGAAAAAGUUAUUAUUUCUUUCACUAAAAAGAAACUCUAAAUAAAUCAUUCCUUUUCUUACAUUUAAGCAAUAAAACAAGUGUCAGAUGAGUUAUAGUGUCAGAUGAAUAACAAGAUUACCUGAAGAACAAUAAUGGAAAUGAUUUGAUUGGUAUUGAAAAAUAUUAUUUUCAUCAUGUAACUCAAUUUUACAAGUCACCACACAAUAUGGACUUAUUGAAAUUGGAUGGCAAAUCCCUCUCCUGAUCCAAUACGCUUUGGGGGAUGAAGAGAUAGAUUUUAAGGCAGAAGGCCUUCGUUCAAAUUCUGUUUCUGCCAUUUAUAAAAUGUGUGUUAAGGGUGACGCUCUUAAUCUCUCUGGGUUUCAGUGCCUGAUUUGUAAGAUAAUAGAGUUGGAUAAGCUGACCUCUUUGUCCUUCCUAGCUCUAAGACUAUGAUCCUAUAACAAAAUUAUACAGAAAGCCACCUUUAAUGAAACAGGAUCAAUAUAUUACAGCAUUGAAUUGCUUACUUUGAAGUGAUCUAUUCAAAAAUUACAAGAGGUUUUUGGUUUUGUUUUUGUUUGUUUUUUGGCAGGGCAAUGAGGGUUAAGUGACCUGCCCAGGGUCACACAGCUAGUAAGUGUAAAGUGUCUGAGGUCGGAUUUGAACUUAGGUGCUCCUGAAUCCAGGGAUGGUGCUUUAUCCACUGCACACUUAGGUGCCCUACAAGAGGUUUUUGAUGAACAUUUUUGUUAGUUUUUAAUAAAGACCAAUGAGGUAUUUUGACCUGGAUGUUCAUUUAUAAAUUUUGCUUAGAAACUCAGCAUCUGAGUUCUGUCUUAUUGAUUGCAGUAUAUUCUGUUAAUGAGCAAUGUGGCAAAUUUCUCUCAAAAAACCAAAUAAUCCUUCAGAAUUUGAGAUCAUAGGGAGCUAUACUAAUUUGCUCAUUUGGUUCUGGCAAACUAUAGUCCCUAUGAAAUUUUACUGCACUCUGUGUGUGUGUGUGUGUGUGUGUGUGUGUGUGUGUGUGUGCGCGCGUGUGCGGUAUGUGUGUCUGUCUAUGUCUCUCUCUCUCUCUCUCUCUCUCUCUCUCUCUUAAAACCUUGAACCACAACUAGAUUAUAGAUAGUUUUUGCAAUUUUAAAUCUUUAACUUAACCUUAUUUGAAACUAUUGGGGCAGCUAGAUGGUGCAGUGAGUAAAGCACUGGCCCUGGUAUCAGGAGGACCUGAGUACAAAUUUCACCUUAGAUACUUACUAGCUAUGUGACCCUGGGCAAGUCACUUAACCACAAUUGCCUUAAACAUUCAGGGUUAUCUCCAGUCAUCCUGACCCAUCCUGGACCCAGAUGGUUUUGGAGGAGACUGAGGUUGGUGACCUUACACCGCCGUUCCUCAUUCCUUCUAAUUCAGUGGAAGUCAUGACAUCACCCCAAUGUCAUGGUCCUUUUUGAGAAUGAAGGACAAACAACUUUGAAAUGAUAUUGAAAUGUUUGGGAUAGGACUGAGAAAGAAAGAAAGAAAACUGGUUGUUUGAUAACCCAUUCAGCAAAGGAUGCUAGAACCCAGAGAGAUAUGCUAGUUGAGAUCCUUCAAGAUAAGAACCAGCAGAUUUAGUACUUGUCAAUGAUUUAUCUGUAAAGCAGGAUGAAUCCAUCCCAAAUCUCUUGGUUUGGCUUCAUUCACUUUUCCUGAUCGCCAUUUUAGUCAGGCAAAGUGGAGUGUGUGGGAAAGAAUACAUAAUAUAUGCUUAAAUGCAUUUCAUUUAGAUAGUCAUGGCCUCGGUAUCAUCUGUAGCUCACAUAUUAAAAAUAUUUUUAUAAAUUAUACAAUAACUAGAUAUUUUAAAAAUCCUUUCCCCUAUAUUUAGGAAAAACCCCCAAACAUUUCACUGUCAAUUAUUAUACAUUCCCAUGAAUGGGAAGAAUAGAUGGGUAAAGCAGAUGUACCUUGAGACACGACACAACUCUAUAUCUCUUUAAAAAUCUGUAUUCUUUAUUCUUAAAACUGACCUCCCCCCAACAAAAAUUGGAAUUAUUUGCUCCCUCAGUCUAAUUCUUAGAAAACUUCCAUUUGUUUUUUGUUUUUGUUUGUUGGACAAUGAGGUUUAAGUGAUUUGCUCAGGGUCACACAGCUAGUAAGUAUAAAGUGUCUGUGGCUGGAUUUGAACUCAGGUCCUCCUGAAUCCAAGGCUGGUGCUGUAUCCACUGUGCCACCUAGCUGUCCCCACUUCCAUUUGGUUUAAAGUAAACUCUGGAAGGUAUAAUAGGAAGAGAGAGAGAUUAUGAUAAUGUGUAAUCACAUUGACAGUUUGAUAGUUUUGGGUAAAAUACAUAAAAAUCUAUUUUGAUUAAUAUUCUUUAUCUUGAAUAAAGCAAAACACUAAAAAUGUAUAUAUCUUCCUUGCAACUCUAAGACUUUUGGGGGAAAACCAAAUGAACAGUUAAUUAGGAUGAAACUAUUUUGAGCUAUCAAGAAAGAUUAAAAGAAUCUUUAUCAAGAAUAGAUGAAAAGGUUGCAAUCGAUUUCUGUUUUGAAAAUUUUUUAAAGUGGAUAUUUCCUAGAUAUAUUUGUAGGUAUUCUGUUCUUCUGAGAAUAAUGAUAAAAAACUAAAAUAUGUUAUUAUCCCUCUGCUGGGCAGAAGGCAUACAACCUUUUAUAUACUUUUAUUGGGGGGAGGUGUUAUUAUAUGAUGUGUAGGGUUUUUUUUUACCUGUUUUCUGUGGCAGUGCCUCAGUAAAAUGGUUUAUAUGGAGUCAAAUCUCUAUAACAGGCUAGGGCUUGCUAUCCAAGUGUUCAAGUGAUUUCAAGAUAGAAGGAGGAACAUGAGACACUGGAGGGCAAGAAAAGAGAUGAAUAAUGAUGUGAUAGCAAAGUUGUAUUUCACUUAUUCCUGUGAAUAUUUCCUGUUGGUACCAAUGGUACUGUACAAAGUGAAUGUUAUAGCCACAGCUUUUUCUUUAAAAGGAACACUGUCAAGAAAUGAAAACAUUUUAUCUGUUAAAAAUUAGGUCUGCAUCCAGCACUUUCCUAAUAUUUCUGUGCAAUUUACUUUUAGAGAAUCAUUAUAUUCAUGAUGAAUAAAUGAUGUAUCAGAGAGAAUACGUGAUACUAUAAUAAUAUACAACCUAUGAUAGGAUGCAGCUAAAAAAAAAUCCUUCUGCAGGUCUCUGUAUUUUGUGAAGGUAGCCAUUUUGAAGAUAAAUUAAUUAUUCAGUAUAUCUUGUAAAUAAGCUUAUUUGAGAAAAGGGGAGUUUCAUUUCAAAGAAACAAUUCUUGUGCCUUUGUAUAUAUUUCCAUGAGAAAGUCCAAAACCAAAGUCAAUUUUCAGUCUUUUAAAAUGGGUAUAACUCUUGGAAUUUCAAGAAGGAAAUAUAAGCCAUGGGAAACCUUUUGGACAUUAGAACUAAGCUUUGACAGUGUGCCUUUUAAAUAGGCUUAUUUACAUUUGCACAGAAAGUGUUUGUCUUUGGGAACCCGUAAGUGGAAUACUGUGGAUGUUAUGACCAUUUGUCUUGUAUGUAAAUAGGAAAAUAAUAAUGCUGCCUAUUGAAUGGGUGUAGCUAGAAGCUUACCCAAACAAGGGAACACUGUGGUUAUAACUUGUAUUAUAAAUUUUCUGUAAUUAAUGGCAUCAUUAUUAGUUAAUAAAGUUAUUUUUGUA